GCCUGGCAGGAUGCUGGACUUGUCCUGUCCACUACUAGCAAUGAAGCCUGUAAACUCUUUGAUGCUGUGCUGACCCAGUAUGCAACCUGGACCAAUAAUGAAAGCCUGGGAGGUAUUGAGGGGUGUCUCUCGAAGUUAAAAGCAGCAGAUCCAAAUUUUACAAUGGGACAUGUCAUUGCUAAUGGUUUGGAGCUCAUUGGCACUGGAAGUUCAGUGCGGCUUAACAAAGAGCUGGACAGUGCAAUGAGAACGAUGAUGACGCUUUCAAAAUCACAGCCAUUGACUGAGCGGGAGAAGCUUCACGUAUCAGCACUGGACAUGUUUGCCAGUGGCUACCUUCCAAAAGCUUGUCAUUUAUGGGAACAGGUUCUGCAGAGCCACCCAACUGACCUGCUAGCCCUCAAAUUUUCCCAGGACACUUAUUUCUACCUGGGAUAUCAGAUACAGAUGCGAGAUUCUGUGGCUCGGGUUUAUCCUUUCUGGACGCCUGAUAUUCCACUAAGCAGCUACGUUAAGGGCUACUACUCUUUUGGACUCAUGGAAACAAACUUUUUCGAUCGUGCUGAGGAGCUUGCCCGUGAGGCUUUGGCUAUAAAUCGGACAGAUGCGUGGUCUGUUCAUACUAUAGCUCACAUAAAUGAAAUGAAAGCAGAGGUGAAGAAAGGGUUAGAAUUUAUGAAGGAAACGGAAUCCAACUGGAAGAACAGUGAUAUGCUUGCUUGCCAUAAUUACUGGCACUGGGCUUUAUACUUUAUUGAAAAGGGUGACUAUGAGGCUGCUUUGACAAUUUAUGACAACUAUAUUGCUCCCCGGUGUCUGUCAAGUGGAAGCAUGCUGGAUGUAGUAGAUAGCAGUUCGAUGCUCUACAGGCUUCAUCUGGAAGGUGUAAAGAUUGGAGACAGGUGGAACAACAUUCUCAAGCUUACAAAGAAGCACACCAAAGAUCACAUUCUUCUCUUCAAUGAUGUACACAUCUUGAUGUCCUCACUUGGAGCCAAAGACCACAAAACUACUGAUGAGCUUUUAACAACUCUUCAGGAGCUUGCCAAAGCACCUUGUGAAGACCAUGAGCUUUCCCUGGCUCCUAGUUUGGGGUUGCCACUGUGCCAGGCUUUUGUAGAGUUUGAAAAUGGAAAUUGCGACAAAGCUGUAGACCUGCUGUACCCAAUCCGUUAUCAGCUAAUCCAACUAGGAGGCAGUAAUGCUCAGAGAGAUGUUUUCAGCCAGUUAUUGAUCCAUGCUGCUUUAAACUCUAAAUCACAAGCCAAACAAAACCUUGCAAGGUGCCUCCUGAGAGAACGUGAUGAGAUAAGACCAAAUUCACCAAUGACGGAACGACUUAUUAGGAAGGCAGCAGCCGUUCAUUCAGUGGCAUAA